AUGGGCAAAGAAAAGAAGAAGAACACCAACAAGGACGGUGAGGGUAGUGGCGGCGGCAAGGCGUCAAGGGACACCUCCGGUGGGUCGGGGUACACCAAGGUGAAGGUGCGUCACAUACUUUGCGAGAAGCACGGCCGGGCCCUGGAGGCGUUGAACAAGGUCAACGAAGGGGCAAGUUUUGCCGACGUUGCACGGGAGUACAGUGAGGACAAGGCCCGCAGCGGCGGCGACCUGGGAUGGAAACGGCGUGGUGAAAUGGUUGGCCCCUUUCAAGACGCGGCCUUUGCCUUGCCAAAGGGCGGCAUGACACCGGAGCCGGUAAAGACUUCAUUUGGUUAUCACAUUAUUUUGGUUGAGGACAAACAGUAG